GCGUGGCUUCUCCCAAAGGGGCGUGGCCUGAGAAUAGUCAUGAGGCCGUGCUGGUAGACCGGUCUCUUUGGAAAGAGGGAAGGCGGAGGGCUCUUGCGAAUCAACAAAAAAUGGCAGAAGAAGAACUUCGAGCCAUCAUACAAAGAUGUCAAAUUUUAGAUGAAGCAGAUUUCAAAGGGGAAGACUUUAAUCUCUUCCAAGUUGCAGGGCAGAAGUGCUUGGAAGAAGGGUAUAUAUCUGAAGUACUGGAAGUUGUCCAAAAUGAGAAAAAUGCGGUAAUUGUUAAAAGCAUGGGCUGGAAUCUGAUUGGACCUUUGAUCAGAUGCAUACUAAAGCACAAGCAAGAUGAAAUUGAGAGAAAACAAUGCCUGACAAUGCUAGAAAGGUUAAUACAGCUUUGCAGUCCCAAAGAACUUGUGCUGGGUUUUCUGGAGCAGAUUGAACAAGCUUCUCGGGAAAAUGUGUCCCAAACUAUCUUGAUAUUGCUUGACCCCCUGCAUGAAGUACUUCUGAAGCUUGGCAAUAAGAAAGCAUAUUCAGUUGGUUUGUCGUUGUCGACCAUUUUGGACCAGCUCUCACUUCUCCCAGUUCCUUACACAAAACAUCAACUAGAACAAGAUGAACAUGGUCUUUGCCGGUGCUGUACUGCUUUACCAUGUUUUGUUAGACCUUUUGUAGAUGAGGUUGUCCAACACUUGGAGGACUCAUCGAAUAGAGGUUGCAAAGAGCUGAAGGAGGAGUUGCUAGCAUUUUGCCUGAAAAGCAUAAAAUAUCCCCUGUUGGUGGCAGAGCUUGAUCAUGUGCCUGAAGAAACAGCUGAGAAUCCCUUUAGGCAAUUUGCUGCUGAUAUACUAGACAUUUUGCAGGACAUUAGAGAACUGUUUCCAAAAGUGUUCUCUCAGCACGAUUAUAAAAAUGAAAUCUGGGAUGAUGAAGAAUUUGCAAAAACAGACAAUGAACAGCAUGCAGAUUCUUUGGCAUGUUUGUCUUACUUGAUAUUUGUUCAGAACUGCUUUGGCCUUAAUUGCUUUCCAGCAGUUUUUGACCCAUCCUACAUUCUGCAGUGCAACAUGGUUCACAUCAAAGUUCUGUUGAACAAAAAAGAAGAACCUGCUUUAUCAAAAGGACUUGUUCUAUUGGAGAAUUGUCUGUUGAGGCUGGAAAAUGACAGCCUUCACACGGAGCACUUGGACUUCAAAGUCUUUGUUGCAACAUCUGAGGAUUUGGUAAAAGUUGCUACAAUGUGCCCCUUUGAACCCCUGAGAAAAAAGAGUUUAAAAGUUUUGCAGCUGUGUUUUGACAAGUUUGAAGAAGAAGGAAAAUACAUAUUGUUCAGGUGUUUGUUGCAAAGUAGUAAUCAUUCCGGCAUGGAAGCAUACAUCAUUCAGAACAUUAAAAAUCAGAUUGAUUUAGCCUUAAAGAAACCAGAAGGCAACAGUUUUUUUCUUGGGCACACACUGAUCAAACUACUAGACAAAGUGUUACUUCUUCCAGAAGGUGCUUCAACGGAUCUUCUCCAGAACUCAGACAGGAUUAUGGCAGCACUAAAUCUGCUACGAUAUUUAUUCAUUAAGGAUAAGGAAGAUGAAAAUAGAACCUCUGUGUGGAAAGAACUUCACAACAUUCAACAGACAUUCCUGAAGCCCUUAUAUACUGCGCUUUUUCUAUCAAAACAACACUAUAAAGCAGAAAUAAAACACCGAAGAGAAAACAAAGGAGAGUCUUCCACUUCUGCGGCAUCUACAUCUAUAACGGUAGGCGGGAAAAAGAUGUCUAAACUGACAUCUCAAAUGGAGCUUCAGGUACUUCACUCAGCGCUUGUUACUUUUGAUUUAAUCGAAAGCAUUCUGGCCAGAGUCGAAGAACUCACAGAUACCUUUUCCUACUAAAUUCCUGGAAUCAAAUAAAGCACUUUGUCUCCCUUGCUCUAAAUUUUCACAUCAUGCACUGUAUUUUAUUUCUGACACUGUGAUUUAAAAAUGUAUUUCUGGCACUGUGAUUCGAAAAUAUAAAUGUAAAGGUUACAUAUCCUGAGUGGUGAAUGUAUAGGCUUCUGAAAAGAAGUCCAAGGAAUAGAAUGUAUUUAAAAACCCUUUGGGUUUAAGCUUGUAUUUAGCAUACCUGUUAAAUACACAAACAGUGUGUCUCACUCAGACUUUGCUGAACCAGACUGCAUUUUAGUGAUCCGAACACAGACAAAACUGCCAGGAGUAUGCAUAACCAAGGUGUAAGAAGCAUAAUAAGCUUUGUGUGAUGUAGCAUAAUACAUGGAAAUCAAUGUAACUACAAAUGGGAGUGAGAAAAUAUUCUGGAAGGUCCACAUAGAUGUUCUAAUCUGGGCUCAGAUUUCUUGUUACACAAACUAGAGAAAGUGGACGUAGUCUUUGCUAAUCCCAUCUGCUCCCUGAAAAUCUGUUCCAGAUGGUUGUGGGGCCUUUCUGUAGUUUCAUGGGACAACAGUACAGGAGAAGGAAGAAUGAGUAAAAAUGCUUUCAUUCCCUUCCUCCCCUUUCAAUUGGAUCCCUUCUGAUGGAUUUUCCAUCAGCUUCAUGAGUGAAGAGCCCUUCUGUUCCCAGAAUAGUUGGUCUGACCAAACCCUGUAGACUCAAGCUGCAGUGCAGAUAAAAGAGCUACAAGAGUUAUCCCAGUUUUUAAUGCUGAACCUGAAUAGUUCAGUAUUAAAUGGUUCAUUUUCAUGCACACCUUGUGUUGGCGCUUUUUAUUAUCACCACCAGAAAAAUGCACCGGUUGUGGAAAUUGAAGGUAUGGUUGGUUAUAAACCCUUAAGCAUUUCAGAAAGGAACAUCAGACAAAAAAUUAAGCAUGGUUGAAAAGUUCUAUUGCUUUUAUAUAUCAUAACCCCAAGACAAAUAAGGGAGCAGUCAGGAAUUUCCUUAAUAGAUGGAAUGAAGAAACACAAGAAAUCAGCAUGUGCAUCUGCUGUCAUAAGGAGUAUAUUCCAGACUUGUAGUAUAGAAACAAGGAAUUUAUUCUGUUUAGGGAGAUACAGUGAUAAGUGUGAAACAUAACAUAGUAUAUGGCACUGUUCUAUUAAGUACUAAUUUGCCAAAAACCUUUCAUUAUUCAAGAGUCAUGGCAGUAGACGCAUUGAAACCAAUAUCACAUGUCAAGUAACUACUCAGGAAAUUUUUACACAUGUUUCAGCUGCAAGUAUUUUUUUCCUUCCUGAAGAUGUUUAAACCAAAGUAUCUCCAUUCUAGACAGCCCCAAAUAACGACACUAGGAGAUCAAGAUCACUGAAUUGAGAAUACCUCUUGAACAAUGUUUAUUUUCAUUUGUAGGAAGGAGAAUUAACAUCAACAACUAUAGUUAUUCUUAGGAAAUGACGGCUACAUCUCAGUAAACAGUUAUUGUACAUUUGAAAUUACUGGUAGUUCUUCUGUGGUCUUAAUAAUGAUCUUUAUCCCACAAUAUUGAAUAAGGAUAUUAGAGUAUCAAUUUCUUUCCAAAGUAGUAUUUGUCUUUCAUAUUUUUUGAAGAUUGAAAACCUGUCUUCAGUAAACAGUAAUGUUUUUUAUGGUUAUGCAGGAAAUUAAAGUUGAAACAAAUCACACACAUUUUCAUUCUGAAUGCAUUUUGUAUAAAUGUGUUUUCCAUUCCAAACUGAGAGUGUAUUUUUGUAAAUAAAUAUGGUCAACAUUUUGAUUAAAA